GUCACGAUGCCCGCCGACGACGUCAGCGACCUCAGGGACGUCGUCGACGCGAUCAACAAGCUCUGCGAGACCAUGAAGUCUUCGAGCUACGAGGAAAGCGAGGCGGACGACUAUUUCCCGGUAGAAUCCCGGUACAGCGAACCAGUGGAGAUACAGUUUGUAAAUCCCGUGGAAUCGAUCCGCUACGAGCCCGUGGACUCUCGCGGCGACCGCCCCGCGGAGUCGCCCCCGUGCAGUGUGCCCCGCUAUGAAGAAUGCAGUGCGGAGCUCGUGAGCCCCGAGGAGGUGUCAGUGCGGAAGGUGGAGGCGUACCGCGCGGAGAGGUGGCGGGACUCCCAGGAGGACGCGGAGACGGUGACGUCGGACACGGAGCCCGCGAUAGCGCAGUUCGAGCCGAUAAGUGAAAUGUACUACACGGCUUCCUCCGAGGUGUCGUUGCUGUCCGACCUAGAUUUACCCGAGAGGGCGCAGAACGAUGAGGAUAAUUUACCAGAGUCGAGGGAGAAGGACGAACGGAAAGAGUGCGUCAUAGCCGGCCACGUCGCCGCGAUGAGGGAACGUUUCGAGAGUAUGACGCGCACGAAUACGCCGUGUCCGGACAUGAUGAGGUCUAUGUCGCCGUCGCUUGACGUGUUUCGAAAUAUAACGCCCUCGCCUGAUCGCUUAGGAUAAGGCAAUAUUGAAGUGUUCCAAUGGUUCUUUAGAUAAGUAUUGCGAGUGAUUGUGAACGAAUGAGUAUCCCCCUUACGGAUUAUAUUUAUAAUCACACUGAUAGUCCUAGUCCGUAUUUUGUAACACCAAUUAUAAUAGUCUACGUGCCAACUGAAGUUGAAGGGUUGUGAUUAUUUUCCGUAAUUCCAUCUGAUCGCAAUUAAUGUAUCGGUACAUAUCGUGAAAGAUUGUUUAGUUUUAGCUGUUGUUUAGCCGUUUUUAGGCGCUAAAGGAUUAUAGACCUUAGGGAAUACGGUGUCCGGAGCCGUUAGUAUAUUGUAAUCAUAUAUAACGAAAUAUUCAAAUAAUCUUUAUUCUAUGUUGUAUUUAUUGUGAUCUUGAAAGCUCAAAUUUUGUAGUUUUGUAUCUUAUAAAAAUAGACGUGAUUUGUAACAGAUAUACCUACAUCUUAUUCAUCAGACCAAGUAGCCAUAACGUGCUCUAGUGUAGCGUUAGACACGAGUGAUUUAUUUAUUGGAUGCAAAUUACAAGUUUCGAGAUUACGCAUGUAUUACAAGAAGUAUUUUCUGUUGCAUUAUUGGAAGUUGCCAUAAUUAGUUCUAAGGGUAAUGUUUAAGUGUUUGUUGACAAAUUAUUUUUAAAUGACUCCAUUUGUUUACUUUGAAAUUGUCUGUUGUGAAUUUUCUAUUUAAAUAUUUGAGUAAAAAUUUUCUAUGGUGAUACUAGUUAAUGCAAUAAUUUAAUUAUAAUUUUUACACGUAUUUAGUAAGCCUGUUGUAUUUCGAGUACUUAUGCGAGGGGUUGACAAUUGGUAUUAAAUUAACAUUUAUUCAAUCAAACUAGUGAUAGUUGUCAUGUAUUAUAAACGUGUUAUGUGUACAGAGGAGACCUUUUAUUAUUGAUUCAAUAUAGGGCUUUAUUGAUAA